UGACUCUCCAGCCGCUCUAAUAAUCUUACCUACUCUUCCUUUGUGUUUGAACCGUAUCAGUGUGCUCGGUGGGACCGGGAAACCUGCAGAAAAACGCCUCAGUCCGCCACUUUCAUACUUCACUAAUGUCUGAGGGACUAGAACCGGACUUCUCCGGGGAUGAGGCGUUCAAGGGCCGGUUUCCCAUCCACCGAGCCUGCCGGGAUGGAGAUGUUGGAGCUCUGGUGUCGCUGUUACAACAGCCCCCGAACCGGGCUCAUCUGACCACCGAGGACUCCUGCUACGGAUGGACCCCCUUACACUGGGCUGCUCACUAUGGACAGCUGGAGUGUGUGGUGCGCCUGGUGCAGAUGGGUUGUGAGGUGAACACGGUGACCAGCCGCUUCAACCAGACGCCAACACACACCGCCGCGUUCGGAGGACAUCCUCACUGUGUGGUGUGGCUGACUCAGGCUGGAGCUGACGUCAACAGGCAGGAUUUUGUAGGUGAGGCUCCCAUCCACAAGGCGGCUCGUUCAGGUAGCUUGGAGUGUAUCCAGGUCCUGUUGAUAGCAGGUGCUAAACCACAGUUAAGGAACGCCAGUGGGCAGACGGCAGCGGACCUGGCCCACGCGCACGGCUUCCUCGACUGCUUCUGCCUCAUCUCCAAAACCAAGAAGCACCUGCAGCAGUGCGGCGGGCUCCACGUGAACGGGGUGCAGAAUGGGAACGGCGCCCCGUGUGGUCAGGGUUUGCUCGGCAGGAAGAGGCUGCUGGCAGCCGUGGAUGCCGGGCACAUGAAGAAAGCCAGGGGACCUGAUAAUGUGCUGGAGCAGAUGCAGAGCAGCGAAGGAGAGGAGCUGGAGAGCAUGAACAUGGAGCUCAACUCAGAUGACGACACCAAAGCGAUCACCAACGGCCAUCAUCACACGCUGCCUUACACCGACCAGCCACCCAAAAGGAUCCCCUCGCCACCGUCCCCUCCAGCCAACCAGCAGGUGGCAGCGGUGCCUGCUCAGCACUCCUCUGCCGACAUGUGUGGCUCCCUGCACCUGACUGGCAGCCCCAGCAGCUGUGUGUCCCACCGGCCGGCCUGGCGGGGGCUGAUGGGAGCAGACAGCGGGGACUUCCUGCAUUACGGACACUUCCACGGCUUCGGGGACACGGCGGAGGAGCUGAGCGACAGCGGCGGCCAGGCCGAGCACAGAUACAAGAUACAGCUGUACCAUGAGUCAUAAGGACAGCCAGGGAACCUCUGCUCCUCCACACGCUUUAAAGAACGCUCACAAUGUGCUGCCAAACACACAGUCACUACUACGGACAUCACGGACACGUUAGUUAAUCUAGUUUUGUUUGUUUGUUCCUGAGUUUUCAACUGCAUGUCAUGGUCUUCAUCAGUGGAUGGAGCUGGCCUCCUGUCAUUUUACAAAGUGGCCUCCGAGUUAAGUCAAAUUAAUAUAUUGCAUUUCAAUGGUUUGGGGUAUACUUCAUUUAGUUUUUUCAGUGUGACACAUUUCAGACUUAAUAGUCCUGUCCUGUCAUAGUCAGGGUUGCCAGGUCCGGUGGUGUUACUUGAGUCAACGUAAAGUGAAGGUUGCCGAGUCAAAUUGUUACCCAGUCUGUUAGGUCUAAAUUAGCAUUUGUUAAUUCAUUUUACCCCAAGAUGGCGGCUGUGUAGUCGGCUGUUUAUUGGUGGUGGCCAAAUGAAGCUUCAUAAAGCACCAGUUGUAUUUGCUGAACCCACUAGAUGGCGCUCUUGGUGUCAUGAAAAAGGCUCAAGGGAUGGCAGUGCAGUUUGGUUUCAUCAAGUAAUGGCCAAAUGAAACUUUAUGAAACGUUUUCUUUAUUUUUUUGGGGUCCACUCCGGCACUCUUUGUUCAGCAAAGGGUUAAUAUAUAAUAUUUUUAGCAGUGGAGUACACUCAGUUGUCCCGGAGACGGCUGAUGUCAAAAUGAAACUGACAGCUUUGCGUAAAACGUCGGACCACUGCUUUAAAGCUUCAGAGUUUGCAAGACAAAAGACCAGUUUGCCUUCGUUUCCAUCUUAACAUAAUGUUCAGUUUAAAAUGAACAGAUGGAGGUGUGGAUUGUUGAGGAUCUGGACCUGUUUUACCAUUUGAACUUCCUGUUUCAUCUUUGCUGAUAUUUCCUGUAAUGUGUUUCAGUAUUUACAGCACUGAUCUGUGUGUCUGCUCCUGCCGGCUGGUUUGCACUAUUAAGGGCUGUCUGCUUGGAUUAUUCAGUGUUGUGUGUGUGUGUCCAUCCUCUCUGAAUGUGGCCUGAUCUGGAACAUCUGCACACACACUACUUGCUGGCCUUGAAUACCAAAGGGAAUAUGUUAUGUUUGUUUUUUGGUAGCUUUUAAUUUGAAAUCCUGUAUUUAUGUUUUAGAGCAGAUGAAUGUCUUUAUCCAGAGCUGUACUGUAAUUUUAUAAAGCAUACUGUAGGGGAAUCUGUGGGGUUACUGUAACGUACAGACAGCGUGCUGAAGAAACGCUGCCUCUUUGUAAACACUACAUCGGCUGCUGAUUCUGACAGCUGGUUUUAUACUUGUGGUUUUGCCUCUUUUGCUAUUAAAACGUGUUUUGCAGUUUCGUAAAAA